AUGCGGCCUUUCCGGAGGUCGAAGCCUCUUCCGUCCGUUUUCUUUCGAGGGAAACAGAAAGUUAGCACGCUUGCUGACUAGAUGGCCUACCUGGUAGCGAGACUGUUCGGUUCCUACUACCUCUCCAAGCAGCGUCACGACUCAAAGGUGCUGCAUUACUACCGAAGACCGACGUGGCGAUCUCUCCUUCUCUUCCUCACGUUUGUGGUCCUUUCUCAUGUCAUCGCCAAAAAAGCCCCUCAUCCUUAUCUUUCUGCUGCUUGCUACAUACUGGCUGCCUAUUUCAGCUACCUUGUCACGGAGAAAUAUGAGGAAGUAAUAUUUGACAAGGAGAAGAGGAAAGUGUCCAUGAUGAGCAGCAGGUUCUUUGAGAAACAUCUCUUGGGCUACAGGAGAAUCAAUGUGGUGGAGUUGGAGGAGGUGAUGGGAGUGAAGGUGGAGAAACAAAAGAUAAUGGGGAGCCGGGGGUUCAUGGUGAGUCUGGUGCUGGAUGGCAUCACUAUUUCACUGACAGCUCAGUGUACAUUUGGAGAAAGAAGUGAGCACGACUCAAUAGUGAAGGAGAUUCGGCAGUUUUUGGAUCUCCCGACAGCUGCAGAGCAGGACAAGGCCACCACCAGAGUCCUGACCCAGACUGGUGGCAGGAACAUCAAGAAACGGAGAAACAACUAGUUCCCACCACCACCACCACCAUCGGUUGAAUAUAGCCCUCACCCAAUCAUUUCUCAUUCUCGGACACCCACUCCUUUUCUGGCGCUAACAUUAGAAACUCACACGCAAUACACAGGCGAGUUUGAUAAUGAACAACGUUACAACGACAUACGGCUCACAAGUGACAACGCUAAUAGAGUUUAGCAUCACUGAGGUACUCUUCCUGCGUGUGAGUGUAGGGCAUGAACCCUGGGAUACACAGACACAUUGCGCUCAAUA